CUUCGGCACUUUCCGCCAGCCGGGAGCCCUUUCUGCAGCGUGACGUCAUCUCCUGCGCUCCUGCUGCUAUAUAAAAGGCAGCGCCGCCGGCGCGCGGUGUCCGUAGCGGAGGGCGGCGGGCGCAGAAGCGGAGGAUUGCGCGCGGAGCCGAAAAUGGAUCCAAGUGGGGUAAAAGUGUUGGAAACAGCAGAAGACAUCCAAGAACGGCGUCAACAAGUGUUGGACCGUUACCACAGGUUCAAGGAACUGUCUUCUCUAAGGCGCCAAAAACUCGAAGAUUCCUAUCGAUUCCAGUUCUUCCAGCGCGAUGCGGAUGAGCUCGAGAAAUGGAUCCAAGAGAAACUGCAGAUAGCAUCGGAUGAAAACUACAAAGACCCAAGCAAUUUACAGGGGAAGCUGCAGAAGCACCAAGCCUUUGAAGCUGAGGUGCAGGCCAACUCAGGGGCUAUCGUUAAGCUGGAUGAGACUGGAAAUCAGAUGAUCAAUGAAGGCCAUUUUGCAUCUGAAACCAUAAGAUCUUUCACGCCGUACAGGACCGCGCAGCGCCCAAUAGUAACAGCCACCCAAGUUGGGUUCCACAUACGAACUCGUCUGCAGGAGCUGCACCGACUAUGGGAGUUACUACUGGAAAAAAUGAGGGAGAAGGGAGUGAAACUGUUGCAAGCACAAAAGCUGGUGCAGUUCUUACGGGAGUGCGAAGAUGUCAUGGACUGGAUCAAUGACAAGGAAGCAAUAGUGACCUCAGAAGAGCUUGGCCAGGACUUAGAGCAUGUUGAGGUUUUGCAGAAGAAAUUUGAAGAGUUCCAAACAGAUCUGGCAGCUCAUGAGGAAAGAGUAAAUGAAGUGAACCAGUUUGCUGGCAAACUUAUCCAGGAACAGCACCCUGAGGAGGAGCUUAUAAAGUCCAAACAGGAUGAAGUAAAUGCAAGCUGGCAGCGUCUUAAGGGGCUUGCCCAGCAGAGGCAAGGAAAACUCUUCGGGGCAGCUGAAGUUCAGCGCUUCAACAGGGAUGUGGAUGAAACUAUCAGCUGGAUUAAGGAGAAAGGGCAGUUGAUGGCCUCAGAUGACUUUGGCAGAGACUUGGCCAGUGUGCAAGCUUUAUUACGUAAGCACGAAGGCCUGGAAAGAGAUCUUGCAGCUUUGGAGGAUAAGGUUAAGGCCCUUUGUGCAGAAGCUGACCGUUUGCAGCAGUCUCACCCAAUAAAUGCUUCCCAAAUUCAAGUGAAACGGGAGGAGCUGAUUGCCAACUGGGAGCAGAUCCGAACUCUGGCAGCAGAGAGGCAUGCUCGCCUUAAUGACUCCUACAGGUUGCAGCGCUUUCUUGCCGACUUCCGAGACCUCACUAGCUGGGUAACUGAGAUGAAGGCUCUGAUAAAUGCAGAUGAACUUGCCAAUGAUGUGGCUGGAGCAGAAGCCCUUCUGGAUAGACAUCAGGAGCAUAAGGGAGAAAUUGAUGCUCAUGAAGAUAGCUUCAAAUCCGCUGAUGAGUCCGGACAGGCUUUGCUUGCUGCUGGGCACUAUGCUUCUGAUGAAGUUAAAGAAAAGCUGACUAUCCUCUCAGAUGAAAGAGCUGCCUUGCUAGAACUAUGGGAGCUUCGCAGACAGCAGUAUGAACAGUGCAUGGAUCUGCAGCUUUUCUACAGAGAUACUGAACAAGUUGACAACUGGAUGAGCAAGCAAGAAGCUUUUCUGCUGAAUGAAGACCUUGGUGAUUCUCUGGAUAGUGUGGAGGCUCUUCUAAAGAAGCAUGAAGAUUUUGAGAAAUCCCUAAGUGCCCAAGAGGAGAAAAUCACAGCAUUGGAUGAAUUUGCUACUAAAUUGAUUCAGAAUAACCAUUAUGCCAUGGAUGACGUUGCUACACGCAGAGAUGCUCUACUGAGCCGCCGAAAUGCUCUUCAUGAACGAGCCAUGUACCGCCGUGCUCAACUGGCAGACUCUUUCCACCUCCAGCAAUUUUUCAGAGACUCUGAUGAGCUAAAGAGUUGGGUUAAUGAAAAAAUGAAAACUGCUACUGAUGAGGCUUACAAGGAUCCAUCAAACUUGCAAGGUAAAGUUCAGAAGCAUCAGGCUUUUGAAGCAGAGCUUUCUGCUAAUCAGAGUCGUAUUGAUGCACUGGAGAAGGCUGGCCAGAAGUUGAUUGAUGUCAAUCACUAUGCAUCUGAUGAGGUGGCAGCUCGCAUGAAUGAAGUCAUCAGCUUGUGGAAGAAACUUCUGGAAGCCACUGAGCUCAAAGGUAUAAAACUGCGUGAAGCCAAUCAACAGCAGCAAUUUAAUCGCAACGUAGAAGACAUUGAGCUGUGGCUGUAUGAAGUAGAGGGUCACUUGGCUUCUGAUGAUUAUGGAAAAGAUCUUACCAGUGUUCAGAAUCUCCAGAAGAAACAUGCCCUGCUAGAGGCGGAUGUUGCUGCCCAUCAGGAUCGUAUAGAUGGCAUUACCAUCCAGGCACGCCAGUUCCAAGAUGCUGGGCACUUUGAUGCUGACAAUAUCAAGAAGAAACAGGAAGCCUUAGUAGCUCGUUAUGAAGCUCUGAAGGAUCCAAUGGUCGCUCGCAAGCAGAAACUCGCAGAUUCUCUUCGCCUGCAGCAGCUGUUCCGUGACAUUGAGGAUGAAGAGACCUGGAUUAGGGAGAAGGAACCUAUUGCAGCCUCAACAAACCGAGGCAAGGACUUAAUUGGUGUCCAGAAUCUGCUAAAGAAGCACCAGGCUUUGCAGGCAGAAAUUGCAGGCCAUGAACCUCGCAUUAAAGCAGUCACACAGAAAGGAAAUGCUAUGGUGGAAGAGGGACAUUUUGCUGCUGAGGAUGUGAAGAUCAAAUUGAAUGAACUAAACCAAAAAUGGGACUCUCUGAAAGCCAAGGCUUCCCAACGGCGACAAGAUCUAGAGGAUUCUCUGCAAGCUCAGCAGUAUUUUGCUGAUGCUAAUGAGGCAGAAUCAUGGAUGAGGGAAAAGGAGCCCAUUGUAGGCAGCACAGACUAUGGAAAGGAUGAAGACUCUGCUGAGGCUCUCCUGAAGAAGCAUGAAGCUUUGAUGUCUGAUCUUUCUGCUUACGGCAGUAGCAUACAGGCUUUAAGGGAACAGGCCCAGUCCUGCAGGCAACAAGUUGCUCCCACCGAUGAUGAAACUGGAAAAGAGCUUGUGCUGGCACUCUAUGAUUACCAAGAGAAGAGUCCUCGGGAGGUGACUAUGAAGAAGGGAGAUAUCCUCACCCUGCUCAACAGCACCAACAAGGACUGGUGGAAGGUUGAAGUUAAUGAUCGUCAGGGCUUUGUACCAGCUGCCUACGUGAAAAAACUAGAUCCUGCCCAGUCUGCAUCCCGAGAGAAUCUUCUGGAAGAGCAGGGCAGCAUAGCGUUGCGACAGGAGCAAAUUGACAACCAGACUCUCAUAACUAAGGAAGUCGGCAGUGUAUCUCUGCGUAUGAAACAGGUCGAAGAACUGUAUCAUUCUCUCCUUGAGCUGGGAGAAAAACGUAAAGGCAUGCUAGAAAAAAGCUGCAAAAAAUUCAUGCUUUUCCGUGAGGCGAAUGAGCUUCAACAGUGGAUCAAUGAGAAGGAAGCUGCACUCACUAAUGAGGAAGUGGGUGCUGACUUGGAGCAGGUGGAGGUGCUGCAGAAGAAAUUUGAUGACUUUCAGAAGGAUUUAAAAGCGAACGAGUCCCGGCUGAAGGACAUAAACAAGGUGGCAAACGACCUGGAGUCUGAAGGGCUGAUGGCAGAGGAAGUGCAAGCAGUAGAGCAACAGGAAGUCUAUGGUAUGAUGCCCAGGGAUGAAACUGACUCUAAGACAGCCUCUCCUUGGAAGUCUGCUCGUAUGAUGGUACACACAGUGGCAACGUUUAACUCGAUCAAGGAGCUGAAUGAACGCUGGAGAUCUCUGCAGCAGUUAGCAGAGGAGCGGAGCCAGCUGUUGGGCAGUGCUCAUGAAGUCCAGAGGUUCCACAGAGAUGCUGACGAAACAAAAGAAUGGAUAGAAGAGAAGAAUCAAGCAUUAAACACUGACAACUAUGGACAUGACUUGGCCAGCGUGCAGGCUCUGCAGCGCAAGCAUGAAGGCUUUGAGAGAGACUUGGCAGCUCUUGGAGACAAGGUGAAUUCUCUUGGUGAAACUGCCCAGCGUCUGAUCCAGUCACAUCCAGAAUCAGCUGAAGAUCUUCAAGAAAAAUGUACUGAGUUGAACCAAGCUUGGAGUAGUCUGGGAAAACGUGCUGACCAGCGCAAAGAGAAGCUCGGAGAUUCUCAUGACCUGCAGCGCUUCCUCAGUGACUUCAGAGACCUUAUGUCUUGGAUCAAUGGAAUCCGGGGUCUGGUCUCCUCAGAUGAACUUGCGAAAGAUGUGACUGGAGCUGAAGCUCUACUGGAAAGGCAUCAGGAACACCGCACUGAAAUAGAUGCACGGGCUGGCACUUUUCAGGCAUUUGAGCAGUUUGGGCAGCAACUUCUGGCUCGUGGACACUAUGCCAGCCCAGAGAUCAAGGAGAAACUGGAUAUUCUAGAUCAAGAACGGACAGACCUAGAGAAGGCCUGGGUCCAGCGCAGGAUGAUGCUAGACCAGUGCUUAGAACUACAGCUGUUUCAUCGGGAUUGUGAACAAGCCGAAAACUGGAUGGCUGCCCGAGAGGCAUUCCUAAAUACAGAAGAUAAAGGAGACUCCUUGGACAGCGUGGAGGCGCUGAUCAAGAAGCAUGAAGAUUUCGACAAGGCAAUCAAUGUCCAGGAAGAGAAAAUCGCUGUCUUGCAGUCUUUUGCUGACCAGUUGAUUGCUGCUGAUCAUUAUGCGAAAGGAGUCAUUGCUAGCAGACGCAACGAGGUUCUGGACAGGUGGCUUCGUCUGAAAGCUCAAAUGAUUGAGAAGAGAUCUAAGCUGGGAGAGUCUCAGACCCUCCAGCAGUUCAGUCGUGAUGUCGAUGAAAUAGAAGCUUGGAUCAGUGAGAAGCUCCAGACUGCAAGUGAUGAGUCCUAUAAGGAUCCCACAAACAUCCAGCUUUCCAAACUGCUGAGCAAGCACCAGAAGCACCAAGCCUUCGAAGCUGAGCUCCACGCCAACGCAGAUCGGAUUCGUGGAGUCAUUGAUAUGGGGAACUCUCUCAUUGAAAGAGGAGCAUGUGCUGGCAGUGAGGACGCUGUGAAGGCACGGCUGGCUGCCCUGGCUGACCAGUGGCAAUUCCUGGUCCAGAAGUCAGCAGAGAAGAGUCAGAAACUGAAAGAAGCUAAUAAACAGCAGAACUUCAAUACCGGCAUCAAGGACUUUGAUUUCUGGCUUUCAGAGGUGGAAGCUUUGCUGGCGUCUGAAGACUACGGGAAGGACUUGGCAUCAGUUAACAACCUCCUGAAGAAGCACCAACUACUGGAAGCUGAUAUAUCUGCUCAUGAGGAUCGGCUGAAGGACCUGAACAGUCAGGCUGACAGUUUGAUGACCAGCAGCGCUUUCGAUACCUCCCAAGUGAAGGAUAAACGUGAAACCAUCAAUGGGCGCUUCCAGAGGAUCAAGAGCAUGGCAGCUGCCCGCCGGGCGAAGCUGAACGAGUCCCAUCGUUUGCAUCAGUUCUUCCGUGAUAUGGAUGAUGAGGAGUCCUGGAUCAAAGAGAAGAAACUGUUGGUGAGCUCAGAGGACUACGGCAGAGACCUGACUGGUGUGCAGAACCUUAGGAAAAAACACAAGCGCCUGGAAGCAGAGUUAGCUGCCCAUGAGCCUGCAAUCCAGGGUGUUCUGGACACUGGCAAGAAGCUUUCAGAUGAUAACACAAUUGGGAAGGAGGAGAUACAGCAGAGGCUGGCUCAGUUUGUGGAUCACUGGAAAGAGUUAAAACAAUUGGCAGCUGCUCGGGGGCAGCGUCUGGAGGAGUCUCUGGAGUACCAACAGUUUGUAGCAAAUGUUGAAGAAGAGGAAGCAUGGAUCAACGAGAAAAUGACAUUGGUAGCCAGCGAGGACUAUGGAGACACACUUGCUGCUAUCCAGGGCUUGCUGAAAAAACACGAAGCAUUCGAGACCGAUUUUACUGUCCACAAAGACAGAGUGAAUGAUGUUUGUGCUAAUGGAGAGGAUCUCAUUAAAAAGAACAAUCACCAUGUGGAGAACAUCACUGCUAAGAUGAAGGGCCUCAAGGGCAAGGUGUCAGAUCUGGAGAAAGCCGCGGCUCAGAGGAAAGCCAAACUGGAUGAGAACUCUGCCUUCCUCCAGUUCAACUGGAAAGCAGAUGUGGUGGAGUCGUGGAUAGGUGAGAAGGAAAACAGUCUGAAGACAGAUGAUUAUGGACGCGACCUCUCUUCUGUGCAAACACUGCUCACCAAACAGGAAACUUUUGACGCUGGACUUCAGGCUUUCCAGCAGGAGGGAAUUGCAAACAUCACUGCUCUGAAGGACCAGCUGCUGGCAGCCAAACAUAUCCAGUCAAAGGCCAUUGAGGUUCGGCACGCUUCCUUGAUGAAACGCUGGAAUCAGCUCCUUGCUAAUUCUGCAGCCAGGAAAAAGAAACUCUUGGAGGCUCAGGAGCAUUUCAGAAAGGUCGAGGAUCUCUUCCUGACUUUUGCCAAGAAGGCCUCUGCCUUCAACAGUUGGUUUGAGAACGCUGAGGAGGACCUGACGGAUCCCGUGCGCUGCAAUUCUCUGGAAGAAAUCAAAGCCCUGCGAGAAGCCCACGACGCGUUCCGCUCGUCGCUUAGCUCUGCCCAGGCCGACUUCAACCAGCUGGCAGAGCUUGAUCGCCAGAUCAAGAGCUUCCGUGUCGCCUCCAACCCGUACACUUGGUUUACUAUGGAGGCUCUUGAAGAAACUUGGAGGAAUCUGCAGAAAAUUAUCAAGGAGCGUGAAUUGGAGCUGCAGAAGGAGCAGCGGAGGCAGGAAGAAAACGACAAGCUGCGCCAGGAGUUUGCUCAGCAUGCUAACGCUUUCCACCAGUGGAUUCAGGAGACUAGGACUUACCUGCUAGAUGGGUCUUGUAUGGUGGAGGAGUCGGGAACACUGGAAUCCCAGCUGGAAGCUACUAAACGCAAGCACCAGGAGAUCCGGGCUAUGAGGAGCCAGCUGAAGAAAAUCGAGGACCUUGGAGCAGCCAUGGAAGAGGCACUUAUCUUGGACAACAAAUACACAGAGCACAGCACCGUGGGGCUGGCACAGCAGUGGGACCAGCUUGACCAGCUGGGAAUGAGAAUGCAGCACAAUCUGGAGCAGCAGAUUCAAGCUCGAAACACAACUGGAGUCACAGAGGAGGCCCUGAAGGAGUUCAGCAUGAUGUUCAAGCACUUUGACAAGGACAAAUCUGGCCGUCUUAACCACCAGGAGUUCAAGUCUUGCUUGCGCUCCCUUGGCUAUGACCUGCCCAUGGUUGAGGAAGGGGAGCCCGACCCCGAAUUUGAGUCCAUUCUUGACACCGUUGAUCCCAACAGGGAUGGCCACGUCUCGCUGCAGGAGUACAUGGCGUUCAUGAUCAGCAGGGAAACAGAGAACGUGAAAUCCAGCGAGGAGAUUGAGAGUGCUUUCCGUGCCCUCAGCUCAGAGGGGAAGCCUUACGUGACCAAGGAGGAGCUCUACCAGAACCUGACCCGGGAACAAGCCGACUACUGCAUUUCUCACAUGAAGCCCUACAUGGAUGGCAAGGGCAGGGAACUUCCUUCUGCCUACGACUACAUAGAAUUUACACGUUCACUCUUUGUGAAUUGAUACAAAACACUAGUACCAAAAGAUACAAAGAACACGCUCACGUUUGCUGACUAUAAGCUCUGCAUGUGUCUCUCUCUGUGCUCUACAAUAAUCAAUGUUACUUUAUGAUGUAACCUUAAACUGCUUAGCUUAAAACUCUUAGGGAAGAUGAACAUAUUGCAGUGUGCUUCAAUAAAAGUUACUGGUCGAACCACA